ACGCAACGCUUAAAACCGUAUGUUACAACGUACCUAUUACCUUGACGACGGUUUUACCCCGUAUCCUUGCCACAAGCGGCAGUUAGCUGCAACUCAACCGAAGACUUCAGUGUUUGAUCGCACUUUGCCAGGAUGACAUCGAAUAACGUACCGGAUGCGUUGCAAGAUUCAUGUACCGGUGGUCCUUCUUCGGAUAGCGAUCAAAUUCAGGACCAUUUUGUAGCCCGUUCCGUGGCCGUACUGUUCGCUUCACAGCGGGGUCUUCAGCUGCGAAAGUACCAUUCCUUGCUACCUUCAGGCGGUGGUGCCACUUACACGAUACAGUUCUGUGAUCUGGAGCGUUGGGUAAGAACAAUAUUUUUCCGCUGAUCUGUAGCGCAAAUUGACUUACGCAGGAUGUGUUCUUGCUUCAGUCACCCCUUCAAAAGCUUGCCUCCUUGGGCCUUACUCCGGAUUUUUGCUCCAGUACCGACACGACGAACUCAACCGGAAGCAAUAACCGUCCGAUUCAACAUGGUAAUUUGGUACGUUUCGUGGAUGCAUCGCCCUCAACGGUUAAGGAUGGAAAGCUUGUCACAAAGGAAGAAGGCUGAACAAAUCAAAUGUUGCCAUACUGCUGAGCAAUGAAACUGACACCGAAAUAAUGCUCUUUCAUCGCGCGGAUCCGAUUCGGCGCACUGGGUUUCUCAUCUCCCUCACAUCAGCAGUGGCCAAACAAAACAAAUACGCAAGGACCGCGAAAGGAACGCAGCUUUCCAGCAGCAGGAUGUUGAUGCUGUAACGCGAGUUGGCCAUCCAUCGUUUCGGCAUCCAGUGGUCCAGCCGUCCGACGGGUCUCUUUUAAAACACAUUAUCAACCAUCGAAACGAGUUCACUCGUUGAUUGCUUCUGGUGCCGAAAGCACAUCGGCCACUGGAGGAAGAAGACUUCUGGACUGCUCCCUAGCUUAAUCAAUCAGCCGUGUUUUUGUUUCGAUUCUGCUGAAGCUGAAAAAGGGCUACAAAAUGGUGUUCAGAAGUUGUGCAUAUUUGUAGUGCUGUUAAUGGUGAAUGUGAAAAUUUCGAUUCGUUUACACGAUCCGUGCAGUUGUUAAUUGUUGCAUGUGUAAUUGAGUGAAAAUUUUUUUUAGAAGACUUUUCCAAACUAAUUUAUUGCAUCCAGGACAAAGCAGUAAUGAUGUGUGUGCGGCCGAUUAGAGCAUUUUUUGCAUAAUAAUUAAAAGGUGUGUUGGCAAAAUUCUCCAAUUGAAACGCUUGUGAUUAGAUUAAAACAGAAUCUUUCGGCAGUGAGAUUUCAUCUAUCGCAUUGUUCGCCAACCAUUACCGGUGUUCCAAAUAAAACGAAAUGCAUUCCCGCAUGCUAAUAGUUUGUUGGAGGCGUAAACUGUUCUUUCUCGGCGCUUCCUUGCUAUUUCUGCUAGCCCUGUGGUUUUGGGGCUUCCUCUAUACAACGCACAUCACCGAGGACGGUGGUAAGAUUGUUUCGGUAAGAGAGCUAAUGCUGGGCAGUGUGCACGGUCGACACGAGAGUUUGCUCCAGCGGUUAGGUUUCCACGAUCGUCAUGAUGCUGUCCAGGAUGUUUCAGGCAGUGCAGGUGUACAUGGUGAACAAGGAUCGCUGCAGUUUGAAGGCGAUGAAGGUGGUGUCAAGUUUGUCAAACCGACGCCGGGUGGAUUACGUUCAGCGAAGGGACGACACAGCAAUGAUUGGGAUGUGAUCAUGCAGGAUCGAACGGAUGAUGGGAAACAGCUUAACCAACAGUUAAGUGCCAAAGGACAACGCCACAUCACCGACGAGAUGCGUAUAGCUGCGGAGCGACAAAGUCACUACGAGCAUGAGCUAAAGCGUAUGGGCGUUCCGGUAAUUGCUGGCAUUGGGCCAGGUGGUAGACCUCCUCCGGCUCAACGAUUGGUACACUUCGAUCUGAAGGGCGCUCCACCAAAAGUAUCCUACCUUCGGCGCUUAAUGCCCAUCCUAAAAACCUUAGGAGCCACGGGUAUCUUGCUUGAGUACGAGGACAUGUUUCCUUACGGUGGCUCAUUGGCACCGUUGGCCGCACGAAACGCUUACAAUCGCGACGAAAUUCUGGAACUCCUGAAGACCGCUUUCGCACUGGGACUCACCGUCAUUCCUUUGGUGCAAACGUUUGGCCAUCUCGAGUACGCACUGAAGCUGAAAGAAUUUGCACAUUUGCGAGAGGUGGAAGACUCACCACAGGCUCUUUGUCCUAGUUACAACGCUUCGAUUGCGUUCGUCGAAGAACUGUUGACGCAAGUGAUCGAGUAUCACAUGCCAGCAACAAAUGCAAAUCUUCUCCAUAAAGAGGAUAUUGAGCGGUUGACGCCAAAGUUGACACACAUUCACAUCGGUUGCGAUGAGGUAUACCGGCUUGCUGAAUGCCCCCGCUGUCGACAUCGACUAAAGGAUCAGCUGUUUCUCGAUCAUGUGUACAACGUUGCAACGAUCGUACGGCGUCGCUGGCCCCAUCUGCGCAUCAUCAUAUGGGAUGAUAUGCUACGCCAUGUGGCACUCGAUGCGCUACAAGCAUCCGGCAUUGGGAAACUCGUCGAACCAAUGAUCUGGGUGUACGCGGAAGAUAUCUACAAGUUCGUCCAGUCCUCCACCUGGGAGAAGUAUGCGUCCGUGUUCAGUACGGCAUGGGCAGCGUCCGCGUUUAAAGGUGCUCAUGGUGAGGGAUUGCUGAUGCCUCCGAUACGACGCCAUCUAGAGAACACACUACGCUGGCUAGCGGUGAUGCAGGGUGAAGGUAACCGGUUCACGCACGGACUGCAAGGACUUGCCCUAACGGGCUGGCAGCGAUACGAUCACUUUGCGAUACUGUGCGAACUGCUUCCCGCCUCACUGCCCAGCCUGGCGGUGUGUCUUUCAACAGCUGCGAAAGGAUAUUUCGAUGUCAGCGCAAGAACCAAUCCCAUACUCAGUAGUUUGACAUGCCCGGAACCGACUGGGGAGCAUCAUGCCUGGUUAGAGCUGCACAAAGACUCACUGAUGGUGAUGUUUUCGCGCUGCAUAUUCCCCGGCAGUAUGACCUAUCGGUUCAUGCUGCGCCUGGCAACCCUGACGGCCGAAACAGAAGAGUACACGGAUGCGAUCCGACAGAGACGAGGUUGGUUAACCGAUUACAACAUUCGGCAUAAUUUUAGCAGUGCGGCACGGGUUGACGAUUUGCUGGGGGAAAACUAUCGUCUGUUAAAUGCGGUCUCUAAUCUUGCACGCACUGCUGCAUCCACACUGACGGAGGCGUAUGAUCAUUGGACCUACGGGGAAUUCAUUGAGCAGCGCAUUUUUCCGAUGCUGGAAGAGUUGAAACGUUUGGAGCGCGCUGGAGAGGGACUUAAGAAACGCCGCUUCUGGUCACAGCGUCCACUGCCCUACCUAAAACCGUUUGAAGUACUUGGGAUUGAUGAGAAAACCUAGCUAGCGGAGUAUGUUAAAAUUUCCUUGCAUCAUCGAUAAAUGCAUUGGGGAUGGAUAAGUUUAGAAGAUUUUAGCCCCGAUGCUAGCGUUAGAAGAUAUGUAGAAUAGCAAACGAUCAUUUCGUAGUCAAAAACAUCCUGUUGGCGAGCCAUUUUGUAUACGAUUAAUCAUUUUUCUCGCCAAACGUUGAUGAUACACUGGUCCGAUAGUAAACCAACACGUGUGUUUCCCAACAAGACUGACAGAGAAAGUAUAGCGUUACUUAAAAGAUAGUGAACCGGCAGUGAAAUUGUAGUCGAAACAAUCAAAAUAUAAACGAUUUCGCGUAAGUUAGCAACUCUCA